AUGACUCCGAGGGACGUGAAGGAAAAACAGAAACACGAAAGCAUACUUAGACAAUUUAAGGUAAAAUUAUCAAUUUUCAAUGACGUAUCGUGCACGAGUCACACAUUAAGCGAGACAUCAAUUCAAACGUUAUUGUCAUCCGCGUGUGUACGAGCUUAUGAUAAAGACGGCCAUGAGUUAAUACUACGCGCGUUACUGGACAGUGGAUCGCAAAGUAAUUUCUUAACGCGGGGAGCUGCUGAUCUUUUGGGGUUAGAGAAACGAGAAGUACAGUCUUUGGUAGGAGGAUUAGGUACUCACCAAACGAAAAUUACAAGCGCAGUUGACUUAAAUAUAAAAUCUUUGCACUCGAAUUACGAGGAAAGCGUAAAUUGUCUAAUCAUUGAUAAAAUCGCUGAGAACAUUCCGAUGACAACGUUCAAUAGAUUAAAAUUACCAAUUCCCGAUGGUAUACCACUAGCUGAUGUUGAUUUUAACAAAAGCAGACGUGUAGACUUGCUGCUGGGAUCGCCAGUGUUUUGGUCUUGCUUAUUAAAUAAGCAAAUACACAUGGGAAAAAAUAUGCCAAUCUUACAUCAAACGAAAUUAGGCUACAUAUUGGCAGGUACAGGUUCCGUAUAUCAUUCCAAACAGAAAACGAACACUUUCUGCGCAAUAACAGAACAGCUGGCUAGAUUUUGGGAACAAGAAGAGCUACCAGAGCGAACUAUGAACGAUGAAGAAUCCGCAUGUGAAAGAAUUUUCGAACAAACCACAAAACGAGAAGUGGAUGGGCGAUUUGUAGUAGACAUCCCAUUCCGAGAGAACCUUACGCUGUUAGGGGAAUCGAGGACAAAUGCACAACAGAGGCUCCAAGCGAUGGAGCGAAGAUUUUCUCGCGAUGAGAACUUAAGUGUACAGUAUAGGUCUUUUAUCUCUGAAUACCAAGAUUUAGGUCAUUUGUCUCCUUGUCUAGAAACGGAGAAUGAAGCAGGUACAUAUUAUCUGGCGCACCAUGCUGUUUUAAAAGAAUCCAGUAGCACCACGAAAUUACGAACCGUAUUUGAUGGGUCGGCGGUGACUGACACCGGGCUGAGUUUAAAUGAUGUACAAAUGAAAGGGCCUAUCGUUCAAAGCGAUCUAUUUGAUAUACUGAUACGAUUUCGAAAACAUAAGUACGUACUUGGUGCAGAUGUCGAGAAAAUGUACCGACAAGUACUUAUUAACCCAAGCCAACGAAAAUAUCAACGCAUUCUAUGGCGAAACAAUGUCGAUGAAAAGAUAAAAUGCUAUGAACUUAACACAGUAACAUACGGAUUGACAUCUUUCUCGUAUUUGGCGACGCGAUGUUUGAAACAACUUGCCAUCGAAAAUCAGCACCAAUAUCCUUCAGCUUCUAAGGCGAUACAAGAGGACUUUUACGUGGAUGAUCUUUUAACAGGAGUUGAUUCAUUAGAAAAGGCACAAAAAAUGAAAACAGAAAUUACACAGAUUUUGCAGACUGCAAAAUUCAACCUGCGAAAGUGGAUAACGAACGACAGGCAAAUUUUAAACUCAAUUCAAGACCAUGAGCUCGACGCACAACCCUUAACAAUUGUAAAUUUAAGUGAUAACGAAUCAAGUCGAACAUUAGGAUUAUUUUGGCAGCCGCACAAAGAUCAUCUUCAUUAUUAUGUUUCUUCCGAUAACUACAAAACAAUAACAAAGCGAAGCGUGUUGUCUAUGAUCAGUAGGAUAUAUGACCCUCUACAUUUAUUAGGUCCGAUACAUAUUCGAGCCAAAAUAUAUAUGCAGGCACUGUGGAAAUGCCAACUUGGUUGGGAUGAUCCUAUUAAAGGCGAUUUGUUAGAUGAGUGGUUAAAUUACGUAUCAAAAUUAAAGGAAAUAGAAGGAAUAAUAAUUCCGAGACGCGUAUUAAUUAAUAAACCAACUUUAAUGGAAUUGCAUGGAUUUUCUGAUGCUUCACUUAAGGCUUACGCGGCAUGCGUAUACGUAAAAUCGAAAAACAAUGAUGGUGAAGUAUCAAUUAAUUUAUUAUGCGCAAAAUCGCGAGUGUCACCUUUACGAAACAUAUCACUACCUAGAUUAGAACUUUGUGGAGCAUUACUAUUAGCUAAAUUAAUGAAACGUGUAAGGACAACAUUAGAUUUGACGAGAAUUUUAUUGGUGAAAUGGAAAACUUACGUUGCGAACAGAGUCUCUCAAAUACAAACCUUAAGCAAUGCAUCGUUUUGGCAUCAUGUUUCAACGAAAGACAACGCAGCUGAUAUCUUAACCAGAGGUUGUGAUGCAGAGUUCCUGAAGGGUAAUGAUUUAUGGUGGUAUGGGCCGGAAUGGUUAAAAAGCGAUAUAAAUUUUACAGCUCUCUUGGAGCGUCCUGAUGCCAGCGAUGAUGAAUUAUUAUCUGAAUCGAAUGAGCCUACUUGCAUGAUUGCGACUGAGAAUAAAGUCGAAAACGACCUUUUCAACAAAUUUUCAAAUUUUAGGAAACUACGACGAGUCACUGCGUAUGUGCUCAGAUUUAUACAUAAUGCUAGGAAAAGGGAUAACAGACGAACUUGUUCUUUGACAGCGAAUGAAUUGAAAGACACGGAAAACAUAUUAUUAAGACUAGCACAACAAGAAGUUUACGACGACGAAAUUAAACUGAUUAAGAAAAACGAAACUUCUAAGAAAUUAUUACUGCUUAAACCAUUUAUUGAUGAUAACGGAUUGUUGCGAGUUGGAGGAAGAUUAAAAAAUUCUUUGUUACCUUUUGAAAACAAGCAUCAGAUUAUUUUGCCUCAACGACAUAUUGUUUCGAGACUUAUAGCCGAAGACAUACAUGUAAAAAAUUUUCAUUGUGGACCGCAACUUCUGCUUGGUUUAAUGCGCGAUAAAUAUUGGCCAGUAGGAGGCAGAAAUUUAGUGAGAUCAAUAACGAGAAAAUGCAUGAAGUGUUCAAGAUUAAAUCCUCAACCUUUAACCCCUCUUAUGGGAGAAUUACCAUUAGAACGAGUAGGUGCUUCGUUUGCAUUUGAACAUGUCGGCAUCGAUUACGCGGGUCCAUUCAUGAUUAAAGAUAAGCGUACCAGAGGGUGA